AUGAUAAGAUCAUUUAUUGCAAGUAGAGCUGGUAUUGCAAACUCUAGUGCUGUUGUAGUAAAGCAACAACAACAGCAGGGUAUCAAUAUGGUGUUAACAAACUACUGCUCUUAUUCAACAUCUACUACUACGAGUACAAGUCAAUCCCCACAACAAAGAAACGAUUACCCUUUCCCUGUUGAGGAGGAAGGUAAAACUGGUGCUAAAAAGAUUGUUCAUAGAUUGCUAAGAUCAAAGUUGUUUAUCCCUGUAGUACGUGAUCAACCAAUGGAUAAAGAAAUGUCUCAAAGUCAAUUACUUAUGCAAAAGACUGGUAUGAUUAGAAGAGCAUCAUUGGGAAUGUAUAUGACAUUACCAUUGGCACAAAGAGCAAUGGAGAAUUUAAUCAAGAUUAUUGAUGAAGAGAUGCAAGGUGUUGGUGGUCAAAAGUUGACAAUGCCUUUGUUGGUUUCAAAGGAUUUGUGGGAAAAGACUGGUCGUUGGGAGACAACUGGUGCCGAGUUGAUCAAGGUAAAGGAUAGAAAGGAAGAGGAAUACUGUUUGGCACCAACACACGAAGAGAUAUUUACUAGUUUGGUUGCAAAUGAAAGAUUGUCAAAUAGCAACUUCCCACUACGUCUCUAUCAGAUUGGCAACAAGUAUCGUGACGAGAUUAGACCUAGAUUUGGGUUGGUCAGAGGAAGAGAGUUUUUAAUGAAAGACUUGUAUUCGUUUGACCAGACAAGAGUAGAGGCUGUCGCAACGUACAACGAUAUCAAAGGUGCCUAUCAUCGUGUAUUUGACAGAGUUGGUCUAAAGUAUGCAUGUGUUGAAGCUGAUUCGGGUAACAUUGGAGGAUCAAUGUCACACGAAUUCCAAGUACUCACAGGCUCUGGAGAAGAUACUGUAGUGUCGUGUGAAUGUUGUGGUUAUCAGAGCAACAUUGAGCGUGCCACGAGCAAGCCAUCACCAUCCACCAAAUUCUCACCUGCCGACAAGAUCAAAAAGAUUGCCAUCAAGGUAGUCUCUGACAAAAUGGUAAAAGGUGCCAAGGAAAAGACGACUACAAUAGCUACUAUUUGGUGCUCUGAUAUAGACACGAUCAACCCAUUCUCAAUCAAAUCAUACUUUAAUAAUAUCGAUAGUUUUGAACCAUUUAGAUUCAACCAAGCCGCUCAACAACAAGACCCAUCAUACACCUAUAUUGAUUUUAUCGAUUCUACAAUCAAAGAUAAUGAUCAUGUUUUGUUACAAUUAAAACAACAUCAAAAGGAACAACAACAACAACAACAAAAGGAGGAGGAAAAGGAAGAAGAUACAACAUCAAAUAAUGCUUCUGUUGAAUAUGGUAGUUUUAGAGUUGUAAAAGAAGGUGAUCAUUGUGCACAACCAAAUUGUUCAAAUGGAGGAGAACUUAAAUUACAACAAGGUAUUGAAGUGGGACACAUCUUUUACUUGGGUACCAAGUAUUCGAGCAAGUUGGGUGCCAAUAUGAAAGACAAGAAUGGAAAGAAUCAACCUAUUGAAAUGGGUUGUUAUGGUAUUGGUGUAUCUCGUUUGUUGGCUGCCAUGAUUGAAAGUAAGCGUGACGACCGUGGUAUUGUAUGGUCCAAGUGUGUGGCACCCUACAAGGCCAUUAUCAUCCCCUUUUCGGAUCAAAGAAACAGAGGCAGCUAUGAAUCAGCCGAGCACCUCUACGACCUCCUCAUCAGAGACCCAUUCUUGCGUAACCAAAUCGUUCUCGAGAACAGAUUGGACAUGAGUAUCGGUAAACGUAUCAACGAAGCCAAUCUCAUCGGCUUCCCAUACCUAAUCUUUGUCAACAACAAUGCAUCUAAAAAGAAUGGUGAAGAUGUCUUUGAAGUUGAAGAUAGAGAUAAUGGUCAGAAAUCUUAUUUCACUGCUUUUGAAUUAUACCAUUUCUUUAGAUAUCAAUUCGAACAAAAAUAA